AAACAUUACAAGAUGAAACCAAUUUUAACUAAGUCGACACUGAACAGUACAGCCGUCCAAGAGUUACGAAAUAUGAUAAAGAAGAAAAUACAGCCUUGGCAAGCGAUCCAGAUAUUCCAUGCCCAUGUGGAUCCAAAGAACAUCACAGCUAAGAAAACAAGAGCUUCAGUGAACAAUCUAACGGAAAUCAUUUCAAAGCGGGCGAAGUCUUGCGCCCUUGUCGGAAACUCGGGGAUACUGUUAAACAGCAGUUGCGGCGACCUGAUAGACGCCUCGGAUCUGAUCGUCCGGAUGAACUUGGCCAAGUUUGGUCACGAAUAUUCAUCAGAUGUGGGUUCAAAGGUCACAUUCAUGACCAUCAACGGAGAACAAUGCAAGCUUUUGCAAGCUUGUUUGCGGAAUGACGGGAAGUUGGCAAACGAAUCCUCCUCCGAAUGGCUGGAAAGGAAUUUAACAGGAAAAUGUGGCGGUGUUAUUGACAGACUGGGACUGCUGAAGAAUGACAGUGUACUUUGGCCAGCGAGAGGGCGCCGCACCUAUAGGAUGAUAAUCGAUAUACUCCCUCUGUUGAGAAAACAGUUUCAUCUUCACUUCAGCGUUGGAAUUAAUUACGUGUCUCUUAUAGGGACCGCACAACGGUUGUGGCAUUUUCGCAACCCAUCGUCUGGCUCAAGCCUUCUCGCGCCCAUGACCCAACUCUGUGAUGAGAUAUCAUUGUUCGGAUUCUACCCGUUUUACAUUGACGAUUAUAACCGUACAAUCCCUCAUCACUAUUAUGAGCCUGAAGUGAAAAUGAACUACAAAAGGAAUUCCCACCGCAUGCCAAAUGAAUACAAGUUCUUACUGGACCUAGAAAAUAAACAUGCGAUCAGAAUAAUCAACAAUUGCUCAACUACUAAUCACUUUAUAUGAUUGCUUCCGUUUGUCUUAUUUGACAAGAAGCAUUUUUAUUUAGGGUCUACUGUUUAAAUUAUUAGAGUUCCAUAGGUUGUCUAUGUACAUUAUAUAUUUAUUUCCUGGAAUACGCUCCUCAAAAAUGUCAACAGGGUGAAUAAGGGCAACUUGGGGAAUAUAUAAAUUUAUGGAAUCGGCUCUGAAUUGAUAAAGCAGGCCUAGUAUUCUGAUAUGAAUUUGCGUGCGUCAGGGCACUGUUCUGGGUCCCGUCUGUUCUCGAUUUUCAUAAAUGACCUCCCUGACCGUUUCUCUUUUACCGUUUGAAUUUUGUAUGCUGAUGAUGGCUUCCUAAAGGUCUAUCAAACCAAAGAAUGAUAUUCCAAAGGAUCAUAAGUCCGAAAAUGGAAAAAGGUUUGUUAUUCCAAAGGUUUUUAUUCUCAAAAUUAAACAAGGUUUUUAUGAUUCAUAAUUAUUUGUUAACUGAUUGACACAUUUUAUUUCUGGACUAUUAAACAUAUGGAAAAGGGGAACAUAAUUCCAUUGUGGCAAGAACCUUAUAAAUGACAGGCCUUAUUCUAUUGUAUGAUUAAUAAACAAACAGACUAACAAACCCUGUUUUCUGUUCCUAUUUCACAUUUUGAAUACACCUUAUUUUAUUGCCAAGUGAAUUUCAUUUAU